GUGUGAGCAGAUGAUAAGAAAACUGUGUAUAGCUAAACAUGAAUAGAUUUGAUAAAGACACAAAAUGAUAACAGAGAAACUCAUAAAACACAAUGUCUGAAUCAGCAGCGGUUAAAAAAGUUUAAUAUUUAAAAUUUUAAAAUUAGUUAGGGAUAUUGGGAUAUUAUAGUGUUUAACUUGAUUGUUUAUUCUGUGACAUAUUGGAAUUUUUUUAUUGUGUUUUGUGAAUAUUUUUGGCCCCCCAAAAUAGUGCAACACAGGUAAUUUGACUUUUAUAUCCAUGCAUAUGCAGAUAUGCACCCAUAUCCCAAAAUCCCCAACUAAUUUUGUCUAGUGCACAUAUGAGUUUGCACAUGGACUCCAAUACUUGCCUUUAUGCAGAAGUCAUUAGAUCUACAUUAUGGAUGAUUAUUAAUAAAUUGUUGGGUGUUAAUAUCCUUUUAAAGUACCAACAAUCAUCCUGAGAUAGUGUUACCAUCAAAAAUAUUGGUAUAUUGCAAAAUAUCAAGAUAUGUAUUGGGUAUCACGACCUAUCCUAACAUUUAAUAUUAAGGCCACUUGAUUUUUAUCAAGUAAAUAAAGUUCUGUAUGGUUGACCGCCUUACAUUUUGCAAUACUCCUGUCAUGGACCUGCAGUCUGUGACAGCUGUACUGUCUCUUUAAGAAACCCGGAAGUGGUUCGCCUCCUGUGUGUUCACUGGUCGCAGGUUCAAAACAGACAGCUGAGCUCCCUCCCGGCGAUGAUAUCUCACCCUGUAAUCUGGGCUUUUCGCAGCAGUGUGAGGUGCUGGCGACACCGGACUGUCCUCAAAGUGGCUCUCGGGUCCUCGGACGUCAGCUUUUGGCGCCGGUAUUCGACCCCAGUCCGUGGCAGUGUCACGAGCAUGGAGGAGAUACUGGCGAGGGUCGUUGCACCUUUACCCACAUACGAGACGAGAGACAAAUCCCCUCCUCCUCCCGAGUCCAACAGCUUGGACUUUAUGCACUUCUACAACAGUCUGAACAAGGAGGACAAACUCGCUGUCCUGACGAGGCUGUCUCAGGACUUCGGAGUGGACCACAAAAGCGUCUCGGAGCUCGCCGCGAAGCUGUUGGACACUCAGCUCCGAGAUUUGGCGACCAUUUUGCAAGUUGAAGACAGGCUGCGGUACAGCUUGACACCCCGAUACAAACAGUUGCUUAACCACAUUAGCAGAGUCCAGGGAGGAGUGAAGUUCCUGGUGGACCUCCGAGCCGACGUGCUUGAGAUAAUCUCAACCAAAGCUAGCGAGAGCCCACACAUCAGGGACCUGAAUGGCACUCUGAAGAGUUUGCUUUCCGAGUGGUUCUCUGUAGGUCUGCUCCAUCUGGAGAGGAUCACCUGGCAGUCCCCCUGCGAGAUCCUGCAGAAAAUCAGCCAGUACGAGGCGGUGCACCCUGUGAGGAACUGGACCGACCUGAAGCGCAGAGUGGGGCCGUACCGCCGCUGUUACGCCUUCACCCACGCCGCCAUGCCGGGGGAACCCCUGGUCGUGCUACAUGUGGCCCUCACUGAAGACAUCUCCGAUAACAUUCAGAGCAUCGUCCGUGAGUUUGCCUCACUCCACUCCGAGGAGGAUGUCAACAAGGUAAAUGCAGCCAUCUUCUACUCCAUCUCCUCCACCCAGGCCGGUCUGCAAGGGGUGGAGCUGGGAAACUACCUUAUCAAGAGGGUGGUGCGAGAACUACAGAGCGAGUUCCCUCACAUGUCCCAGUUCUCCAGCCUGUCUCCGAUCCCAGGCUUCUCCUCCUGGCUCCAAGGUCUGCUCAGCCAGUACAGGAAGGAGGGCCGGGGCUCUGACCUCCUCUCCGAGCAGGAGUGGAAGGAGGUGGAACAGGCCACUGACUCAGCCCCGGGGACCCCGGCCACCGAGGCCCUCCGCAAGCUGAUCGGCACCAGCGAGUGGAUGCACUCUGAGCGGCUGUCCCGGGUCCUGGAGCCGGCCCUGAUGCGUCUCUGCGCCUGGUACCUAUACGGGGAGAAGAGACGGGGCUACGCUCUUAAUCCAGUGGCCAACUUCCACCUGCAAAACGGCGCCACCAUGUGGCGGGUCAACUGGCACGCAGACACCAGCCCCAGGGGUGUGGCGAACUCCUGCGGCAUCAUGGUGAACUAUCGCUACUUCCUGAACGAGACAUCUAAGAACAGUGCUCUUUACCUGCAGAAUAAGGUCAUCACGGCGUCGGAGCAGGUGCUGGGACUGGUGUCCCAAUUUCAGAAGAACAGCAAGCUGUGAGAAAGGGGCGAGGAUACACCCGCAGAUGUGUUACACAGCACUUGAUAUCAUUAAUAUAUUGACUUAUGGUCUGUAUUUUUGUUUUAUUUGUUUUCAAUAUUUGACAUGUUUCAUCAAAAAGGAAAAAAAAAAACCUGCCUCUGGAGCUCCAUUUGACAGACUGAUUUUGCUGAUUUUGUUUUUGAAUUAAAAUAGGAACAUUUGGCACAUGACGCGUCUCAUCCCAUCUUGUGUUUGUAGUGCGUAGGUUCGGCUUUUUGCCUCAUUGGGUUUCUGGUUGAAGCUGUUUGAUACUGUGUAAGUGCUUCCAAGGCUGAGAGACUGGAGCUAAUGAAGCACGAGGCAUCUAUCAAUGCUUCACCGUGUUCCUGGAUCACAGUGUGUGUAAUGGUGAGGCGGCAACGACGAGGGAGUGCAGCUACUGGAAUAAAUGACGUUUUAGAUUCUUUCAUUUUGGCUGAGCUGUCUGCGAGGGGAAGAAGAAGGGGAGAAUAUUGGAUUUUGCCUGUCUUUUUUUCCCCCCCUCUACACCUGCUGUUACACUGGCUCCCUCUAAAGCUUGAUACACAAAGGCAUGACAUCACGGGCUGGAAAUGUUAUUUAAUAUUAAAUAACUCUAAACAAA